UAACAAACCUGCUAGCUGGCGGAGGCGUAGACUGUAUUGUUUGCACUUGUUAUUUCAAAUGUGUGUAAAAUGUCAAAGUAAUGGUCGUUUUGAAGUAAUAUGGGCUAAAGCCAACGUGCAACGUGUUGCACAAGUCUCAUAGCGGAAAUAUCGUGUUAAUUACCAUAGAUAACACGAAAACAAAUGAUUCUGACUAGAGUUAGCUAAAGGGCUAAUGCGGCGUUUUGACAUGCUCCUUUAGCAUGUAGCCAUGUUAGCUUGUUAGCAAAUCGGGACUGACACAGAGGCUGACCGUGUCACUGGUUUGGUGGUGACACGGUCAUUUUCUCUGACUAAAGAAGGCAAACGCAGUUUUCAAACAUAUCAGAUCAUUUCCUGACCAAGAAACGUUGGACUGAAAAGGUAUUGUCAAGAUCUGCAAAAUGAAGAUGUUCUCAGUGGCUCACAAGACUGUCUUUGUGGUGGACCACUGCCCCUACAUGGCAGAGUCAAGUCGUCAGCAGGUGGAGUGUGACGUGCUUACAAAGAGUCGGGCACAUGGGGUCAUUCCCUUGGCUCCUGUGUCCAAGUCCUUGUGGACGUGUGCUGUGGAGUGCUCCAUGGAGUACUGCCGGAUUCUCUACGAUAUUUAUCCAAAGGACAAACUUGUUAAUUACAUUGUUAGUGACUCAGAGUUCCACAUCUUGAAUAGCUGGAGACGAGAAGAUCAGAGCACUCAUGAGCUCAUGUCAGCCUUGGCAGCUGUUGGGCCACCUAACCCACGUGAGGACCCCGAGUGUUGCAGCAUCCUUCAUGGGCUCGUCUCAGCGGUUGAGUCUUUGUGCAAGAUCACAGAGCUGCAGCAUGAGAAGCGCAUCGCUCUGAUGGACACAGCAGAGAGAGUUGCGAACAGGGGGCGUAUUAUCUGCCUCACCAAUGCUAAAAGUGAUACUCAUGUGCGCAUGUUAGAAGAUUGCAUCCAGGAGACGAUAUUAGAACAAAAUAAGCUGGCAGCAGGCUCAGACAGGCUGAUGGCCAUCCAGCAGUGUGAACUGGUACUUGUUCACAUUUACCCCCAGGGGGAAGACACGCUGGUGUCUGACAGACCCAAGAAAGAGAUCUCCCCUCUGCUUACCAGCGAAGUCCACAGUGUCCGUGCAGGGCGACACCUGGCCACCAAACUCAACAUUCUGGUCCAGCAGCACUUUGACUUAGCCUCCACCACUAUAACAAACAUCCCUAUGAAGGAAGAGCAGCACGCUAACACAUCAGCAAACUACGACGUUGAGCUCCUGCAUCACCGAGACGCACACUUGGAGUUCUUUAAAAGUGGAGACUUGCACAUGGCCGGCACUAGCACUCGAGAAAAUGGACUAAAAGAGACGAUAACGCUGAAAUGGUGCACUCCAAGAACCAACAGCAUAGAACUGCAUUACUGCACUGGAGCCUAUCGCAUCUCCCCCACAGACGUGAACAGUCGUCCCUCGUCAUGUUUGACAAACUUUCUCCUCAACGGUCGCUCUGUGCUCCUGGAGCAGCCGAGGAAGUCUGGCUCCAAAGUCAUCAGCCACAUGCUGAGCAGCCACGGAGGCGAGAUCUUUCUGCAUGUGUUAAACAGCAACCGCUCCACCCUGGAGGACCCGCCCUCAAUCAGCGAGGGCUGCGGAGGACGAGUGACAGAUUACCGCAUCACUGACUUUGGUGAAUUCAUGAGGGAGAACAGGCUCGCUCCAGUGUCAGAGUCUUCCCAUGAUCCCUCUGGGAAACUGCCAGCUGAGAGGGCUAAAGCUCAGCUGGAGCGCCAUACUCGAUACUGGCCUAUGAUUAUCUCCCAGACCACCAUCUUUAACAUGCAGGCAGUGGUGCCUUUAGCUAACCUGAUAGUGAAGGAGACUCUGUCUGAGGAAGAUGUUCUGACCUGCCAGAAAACGGUGUACAACCUGGUAGACAUGGAAAGGAAGAAUGACCCUCUUCCUAUUUCCACUGUGGGAUCAAGGGGCAAAGGACCUAAGAGAGAUGAACAGUAUCGCAUCAUGUGGAACGAGCUGGAAACAUUGGUCAAAGCUCACGCUGGAGCCACAGACAGACACCAGCGGGUACUGGACUGCAUCAUCGCCUGCCGCAGCAAACCUCCUGAGGAGGAAGAGAGGAAGAAAAGAGGCAGGAAGAGGGAGGAGAGGGAGGACAAGACAGAGAAAAAUGGCAGCAAGGACACAGAGGACAAAAGCUGGCAGGACUCUGAGAGGCUAAAGGGUUUGCUGGAUAAAGAUGAUCAAGAAGCUGAGGUGAUCAAGGAUUCUCCAGAUUCUCCAGAGCCGCUCAUUAAGAAGCCCCGCCUGACCACAGAUGACAUUCAGCCUCCAGAGAGAGCAAAAGGUCCUGUGUCGCUCCUCACCAUGUGGACCAAUCGCAUCACCACGGCCAAUUCCAGGAAGCACCAAGAGUUUGUCGGAAGAGUGAGCUCCAUCAACAACAAGUUUGAGCUGUACCAGCAGCUCAAAGAGGAGAACGGGAUGGAAGUUCAUGAAAAUGGAAAAGCAACCAGAUGAUGUUUCUGUGAUUUGGUUUUCCCGCUGCCAAGGAUGAGAUUGUGGACCACAGUAGUGUUUUUUCAGACUUGAGCGUCAAAGACAUCAAAUCAGUGAACUGUAAAGAUGAAUUUAUAAUUUUUUAACCCCUCAUUUUGUAGAUACGCUGUUACAUAUUGUGUAACAAUAAUAGCUGUCAAUAAACAAAUUUGUUGUUGGCUUUUGCAUAAAG